GAGUCAAUUAUUAUUUUAGUGAGUUCACAGUUAGAUUGCAAAUUUCUUUUAAUGGUGUUCCGUUGGAGCUGUUUUCACUAAAUCUCUGAACUGAAAUCGAAAUGACAUAAAAGGCAACUGAGAAGUUUUUGGUGAGCAUUCAAUCGAAAUGAUUCGUCUAUCAACAGUAUUGGUCUUUGGACUACUUGCUCUUGCGGCCCAAGGCUUCACUAUUUCAGAAAAGGAUAAAAAUUUGAUUGGUCCCAAAGCAGAGGAAUUCAGUCGAGUGGCACGGCAACUUCUUCGCGAUUACGUAGGACCUCCAGGACCACCAGGGGCGCCUGGAUUACCAGGCCCACCAGGUGUUCCGGGUCAGGAAGGACCGGCUGGCAGGCCUGGAGAAACUGGGCGUCCCGGUGAACGAGGUAGACCUGGAAAAGAUGGCAAUAAUGGUCGUCCGGGUCCUGACGGUGAACGCGGACAGGCAGGUGCUCCUGGAGCACCAGGUCAGCAAGGACCACAAGGACCUCCUGGUCUGCCAGGACGAGAUGGAGCAGCAGGACCUCCGGGACCAAAAGGCGAGACAGGAGCACCUGGGCAGAAUGGAACACCAGGAUCGAGGGGAUCCCCAGGAUCACGUGGUGUACCGGGCCGGCCAGGAUUCCCCGGCCCAGUAGGAGCCACUGGUCCAGUUGGAGCUCCGGGACCAAUUGGACCCUCAGGUUAAGCGGAAUAAUGCAAAAGAACUCAUUACCAACGCCUCUAUUUUAUUCUUGUUUACUAUACAAUAAGAUCAGCUACAAAAACAGAUAAAUUCGAAUAAAGAAAUUUUGUAUCUAAA